AUGACGGUCUCGCUCGAAUCCUCCGAGCCGCCGCCGCCGAACGCGCGGGCCGAGCUCGCCGCCGCCGCCGCAGCGCUCGCGGGCGGCGCCGGCCAGCCGUGGGUCGAGGGCUACUCCGAGUCCAACCGCUCCGCGCCCGCCGGGCGCACGCUGUACGCCGCUGACCUGGCAAUGGGCGUGAACUUCACGACUGCGGCCGGCGCGGCGCCGCUGCUGGCAUCCCUCAAGGACGGCUCGGCGAAGCUGAAGCUGCAGGGGUUCGCCAAGCAGCUGCCCGCUGCGGCGUCCCUGGACAGCUUCCUCGCAGCGCCCGGCACCACUUGGGGCACCGCUGCUGACUCAUGGCUUGUCUACACCCUCACUUUCGACGUGCCCUCCUGCCUGAAAUAUGUGGAUUCGAUGAUCGCCCCCCUGUCCUCCCCGGGUCUGCUCGACGGCCCAUGCGGCAGGUCUACCGGGGCCGCGGAUGACGGCGGCGACGAGGCGGCCACGGAUUAUGCCGGCGAGUCAUCGGCGCACCUGUCGCAGCUCGUGCUGUCUGACGCAAGCGCGAAGCACGGAGACAGCCCCUGCCCGGUCGCCGGCCGCAAGACCCUUGCCUCCAACCUCUGCGCCCUGUCCAAGGACCCCUGCUGCGGCGCCGCCGCCGGCCCGCGCUGUGUGCACAAGCCCGUCUGCGUGCCAGCGCAGGAGGCGGCAUCGCUCGACGACGCACGCUGCCUCGCCAAGGCCACCAGCGGGGAGUGCUCCGGCCCCGACGCCGCUGGCUGCGUGUGGGCGCCGCCCCCGGAGCACCUCGCUGAGCUGGCGUACCGCGGGGAGGGGUUCUGGGACCCGGUGUUCAACUCGACCAUGUUCAACAAGUGGUGGUGGCCCAGCCUCCAGAUCGGUUUUGACUCAGACACCCCAGGCAUGUGCGUCCCCGCCGGCGCCCUGCAGUGCCUGCAGAAGCCAGGCGCGGCCGCGUGCGGCGCGGACCCCGCCUGCGCUGUCGCUGCGGGCGCCGCUUUCGAGGACCCCUGCCGCGGCAGCGGCGACGCGUGCUGCGGUUACAGCCAGGAAAGGUGCAACGGCGACCUGCUGCCCGCCCUGGCCGACGGCACCUGCGCCUGGAGCGGCAGCUCGAUGCUGUUCCCGUGGAUCGCCGGCAGCUGCACAUUCACCAAGAUCACCUGUGCGGCCGUCGACGUCGACAGGAUAUUCUCGGGCGCUUUGAACCUGACGUCGGCCCUCUCGGCGUUUGAACCCACCGCGCGCCCCGGCGCGGGCGCGGGCGGGGCGGCCGUCGAGGCGGCGGCGCGCGACGCUGUCGGGCUGUGCGCGGCCAAGAAGGCGCUGGCGGGCGUGAAGGACGCGGCCACCUUUGUCGUUGAAGAUGUAUGCACAGCAGCCAAGCUCUGCGGCGCCGCCGCCCGCACCCGCCUGUGCACCACCUGCAUCGGCCGCCUCGGGCAGGAGCGCGCCGCGCUCGCCGCCCAAGAGGCGCAGCUCGAGUCCUGCAGCGGCGCGACGCCGGAGGGCGCCGCCGCCGCCGCCGCGGCGCUGCUGGACGGCGCGCUGAAGCGCAGCAUCGACAUUCUUGAGCCGCUAGUCAAGGCGAAGCUCAACUGUGCGGGCGUUGUGCGGCCGCUGGCGCCGCUGCUGAAUGAGACGUCUGCGGCUCGCCCCGACGAAGUCUGCCACGCCGCGGGCAUGUGCGAAGAGUCCCAGGUGCCCGACUGGCUGGCCUGGCUCAGCAGCCUCUGGCCCAAGCUGCCUCCCACCCCCUCCAUUCCCUCGAUCCCGUCAAUCCCUGCCUCGGACGGGUCCGAGGAUACCGACGACAGCGACGACGACGACAGCGAUGCGGACGAGCAGGCUGCGUCUGGCAGCAGCCUGGAAUCGCCCACGCGGGCGCCGCGGCAGCAGCCGCCCGCCGAGCAGGCGGGCGAGGAGGGCGGCAGCACCGGCGGAGAAAAGCCGCAGCCCCCGCCUCUGUCGUUCCUGCCACGCGCGCCGCAGCGGCCUCAGCAAGGGGGUCGCAGCGGCGACGCGGAAGCUGGGGAGGCGGCGCCGGCGCGGCCGCAGGAUCUGAUUUCAACUGACGAUCCCGCCCUUGGGGAGGAGGAUGCUGACGAGGGCGGCAGUGCUGAUUCAGACGACCUGCUGCGCCAGCCACAGCAGCAGCAGCAGCAGCAGCAGCAGCAGCAGCAGAUGCGUGGCACCAGCGACGACUCGGCCGACGACGCCGCGACCGACGCCACCGACAAGCAGCAGCUGGCCGCACCCUCGCCCAAACCAGAGUCCGACAAUGGCGCUGACGCCGACGCGGGCCAGCAAUGGCAGGACAAGUGGGCACAGCAGCUGCAGCAGCAGCAGGCCCAGUGGCAGCAGCAGCUCGAUGAUCAGAGGGCGCAGCUGAAGCAGAAGCAGGCCCAGUGGGAUGAUGAGCUGCAGCAGGUGCGACGGCGCUUUGAGGACGAGCUGCAGCAGCAGGAGCAGCAGCAGCAGCAGCAGCAGGCGCAGCCGCGGCUCGCGCAGCAGCUGCAGCAGCAGCAGGACAAGUGGCAGCAGCGGCUGCAACAGCAGCAGGCCGAGCUGCGGGGCCAGCAGGAGGGGUGGCAGAAGCGGCUCGAGGCGCAGCAGCGGCGGCAGCAGCAGGGUCGGGGCCAGCAGCAGUCGCUGCAGGACCUGCUUGCAGAGCAGCAGGCAUCCUGGGACCAGUCACUGAAAGAGCAGCAGUCCCUGUUCGAGUCCGUGCACGAGCUGCAGCAGAGCCCGGGUGUGCUGCCCGACGGGGAGGACGAGGAGCAGCAAAAGCCUUGGGAGCAGCAGCAGCGACAGCAGCAGCGGCAGCAGCCUUGGCAGCAGCGCCAGCAGCGUGGUGAGGCGCGGCGCGCCGGCGGAGAUGGCGAUGACGAUGAUGAUUUCGGGAGCAAUGACGACUGGCUUGCCGGCGACAGCGACGCGUUUGGGGACAAGGAGAACAGCCGCCCCUGGGGCGCGCCGGGCGGCCAGCGCUUCGACGCUGUGCGCAGGCGCAAGCCGCACCUCGUGGUGUCUGCUUGGGAAGACUGCACGGUUGACGAGCCCGUACCGUGGAACCCGCAGGCCUUCAACCACAGUGGUGCGGCGCCCCUUCGCAUGGCCAAGUCUCUGGCAGGACUCGACAGGCUGGUGGCGGCGCUCCCCGCCGGCUGCCAGGCCCAAGUCCAGAAGUUCAUGGGGAGGUGUGCCGCUGACUCAGACAAGGACGCAGAGGACCCCGAGAUGACGUCACUGUCGACCACCGACGGUUGCUGCCUGACCCACUGCUCCAAGGCCGUGCACAAGGCCGUCAAGUCGGGCUGCUUCACUCACCUGAUGGCACGCGUGUGUGUCGACAAGACAGCGUCACCCCUCUACCAAGCGGGCCUGCUCAACCUGGCCAGGCGCUGCGUGAACUACGACGAACCCAACUUUGACUGUGAGAAGGCGACGCACGCGGCCCAGCAGCCAGACGCAGGCAACGUCAAGGCAGCCUCGGCGCGUGAGCAGGCGGACUCUCCCGCUGACGGGGCGCGGGGCGCGGGUGCUCACCAGGAGGCCGGCACGCCCGAGCCCGGGCUACGGAACGGCAGCGCCGCGACGGCGCCCGCUGCCUCGGCGGCGGGAUCGUUUGUGCCCGGCAGGGUGGUUGCCAAGAUGGCAGUUGUCCUCAACCCCUAA